GUGCAUUUGUGGUGGAAUCCUGGGGGUAUAUAUGCCACGGGUACCGGGUACACGAUAAACACUCCAGCAUUUGAGAUUAAAGCUGCUACAAGCAUGAGGACAUCGGUGAUUAUUGUGUUUGCGGCGGUGGUGACUGUAUGUGCGGCUGCUGAUGCACCGAUAGCUAUCGUCAGUCAAAGCCAGGAUGGGCCCAAUCCUGAUGGGUCUUACAAGUGGUCGUGGGAGUCAGCCAAUGGGAUAAAGGCUGAGGAAGAGGGUAGUCUCAGUGGACAGGGGGAUGAUGCUGCUCUCCAGGUGAGGGGCUCGUCGUCGUACAAGUCUACGGAUGGACAGGAUAUUUCACUCAAGUACACGGCCAACGAGGAAGGCUUUAAACCUGAAGGCGCACAUCUCCCCACACCACCACCUAUUCCAGAGCUCAUCAAAAAAGCACUCGAGUGGAUCGAAGCUCAUCCCUCCAAGGAUGAUCAGUAAUCAUCGAUCAUCACCCUGGAGAGGUGCGUCUCUCGCGUCUCCAGGGGAUGAUGUCCUCGGUGUUUUUUUUAUUUUUUGAUUGUCGUUCUGUUGUUGCCUGUCCCACCUCUAUAUUUAUUGUUAUUGUUGUAAAUGCACGCACUUUUAUGUGCGUUAUGCAUACUAUAAUUGUUAUUGUACUAAUUUUAUUAUGAAAAAUGGUAAAAUAUAUUUUAUGCAAUGAAUUA